AUGUCCGCGCGUGGGUUCCCACCUCCUCCGAACUUGUCGGAGUUGCUGAAGUUUUUCGAUUCUGACGAAGGCAAAGCGCGACGAUUGAGCAGUGGAAAUCUCCAGGCAGCGAUCUCAAAUCCUAAACCAACUGUAGGGACAGCGAAAGGUGUUGAUCUUUCUCGGUCAAGAUCACCCACCAUUGAGCACAAACCCAUUCAAGACGAGAAGACGCCAUCCAUUCAAGGUUGGAAUUCUUCCACCCAAGUGCCUCCAGCACCCACCAAGACACUUCGCCAUCAAAUUUUGUCGCGUUCGUAUCAGCCCCCAGCUCCAGUGUAUGUGGUACCGUCGGAAGCGAGCGAGCUGCUAGAUCGACUAUCAAAAGGUACUGUAUCAUCACGAUCGAAAUUGAAGCACCAAAGCGAUUUGACUCAAGACGGACACAAACACAAUGCCGGAACCGAUGGCAGAUCUUUAAGUGGGUUACGGGCUGCAUCACCGACAGAUACCCGUGGUCGAGACGCUAUUCAGACUCUGCUGUUUUAUAGGAAGGAGGUCGAAAAGAGACGUCGUAUGGACAAAUGCGACUCGAGAACAGAAGAAUAG